AUGAUCCCACAGCUUCAAACAGCUCUAGUGCCUAGCAACCCCCUAGCACCAGCAGCAGCACCAGCAGCAGCAGGACAAGCAGCAGCAGCGGCAGCAGCAGCAGCAGCAGCAGCAGGCAGCAUUCCAGCAGCAACAGCUGCAGCAGCUGCAAAAACACCAGCAGGCAGCAUUCCACCAGCAGCAACGGCACCUCAGCAGCAGCAGCAGCAGCAGCAGCAGCAGCAGCAGCAGCAGCAGCAGCAGCAGCAGCAGCAGCAGCAGCAGAGCAGCAGCAGCAGCAGCAGCAGCAGCAGCAGCAGCAGCAGCAGCAGCAGCAGCAGCAGCAGCAGCAGCAAGUUCGUACAGAAGUAG